GCCUAGCUACAAAGACGUCAAGCUAAAGCGAAGCGGCUCGGUUGGACGCGUUGGCAAGCGUUAUCAUCAAGUCUACAGAAAGGAUUUAUCCAUUUAAAAACGUAUUAUAGAUCAAAACACAAUACUCCUCUAAGGGGGGAGACGCAGAAUUGGUGGGACCUGCUGCCAGAUGACCAGCUGAAAAUGAAUCCCGUCAGCUAUCAAAGCAUGCUGUCGUCUGUGAACGGUGGACAUCCCAACUCUGUCUUGGAUCGUGUGUUGAGCUCUUCAAACGUGAAGUGUUGUCAGAAAUGUGGAUUUGCUACUACUGACGCUGCAGACUUCAAGAAGCAUGUGAUGGAGCAUCGGGCGAUGAGGUUUUACUGUUUUUAUUGCGAAAAAGUCUCAUUCAGUAAGACAGAGUUAAACGCUCACCUGAAGCAACACAAUUCAAAGUACCCGUUUAAAUGUCCUCAAUGUGGACAGGGCUACAUGAGGAGGCUGUGCCUUGUGAAGCACAUUGAGCGCUUGCACAGUAAAAGCCUUAUUCAAGGACCUGCUAAACCUGGUACAACAAAGAGUCCACACGUUCCAGUCUCCAGUGCCUUAACAAGCGUGCCCCCUGCUGAUCCAUUGUUGUAUCGACCGAUCGUUCGAGUGAAAGUACCGGCCCUGAGCACACCUGCAAUCAAGCUGGGUAAAGAUGAAUAUAGAGGAAAAACACUGGACACAAAUGUAUCAAAUGCCUCUAAUGGUAAUGCUGAACAUUUGUCCCCUUUGAAUGGACUCAUUCAGCACAACAGAGCUCUGACGGUUUCUCUUCCAGAGGAAGUAACGAUCCCUGCAGGCUGUUUGGUUGAACUUGUUGAGGUGAAAACUGUCAACGGAACGAAGGAGCUAAAGCUGAGGCUCGUCUCUCAACAUGAAAACAAGUCUGUGAUAAAAGACACGAGGACCACAGUCUCUCAAAGUGCUGCGCUGGGGAAGCCAUUCUUAUCCGCAUUAAGUCACCCAAACACAGUGAAGUCUAUGAGUAUGGGGAUGUGCACAGUUAACAGGAAACAGUGCGAAACAAAGACCGUGAAUGUGGAACGUCCCGCUAUUGUCUCAGUCAAUGUUCCCAAAAACUUCCCGAAUCAAGUAAGCAAAGACAAAGGAGGAUUGAAAAGAACAUCGCAGGAAAUAAUCAACUUGGAAUAUCACACAGUCGUUCCAAACAAGGUUCCCAAAAGCAUCCUCAAUCCUGUAAGAGAAGGAAAUGCUGGGAUCAAAGUUGCACAGAGAGAACUGGGGAACCACAGCGCAGCUCUGCACUCGGUUAUCUACAACAGGUCUGUCAACAGGUUGACGAGCGCUCUGCAUCCAGAAAACAAUGGAGCACUUGUUUCUCAGAGAGCAGUGGACGAGAGGAAGAAUUUAAUUCCAGAGCAUUCUAAGAGUAUCCCACCGAGGAGCGCGAGUGACGUAAAAAUCAUUCCUCGAGACGUGUCGACGGCCGUGAAGCUGGAACCCGGGGAGCUGCGCCACAACACUUCAAAAAUAAAGAAAGAGGCAGUGAGCUUCGACCAGCAAAAAGCUGCUUCCCCCUCCUUGAGUGUUCUCUUAGCUGACCAAGUGAGACCUCCAGCAAUUUUAGUUUGUAAGGAUAAUGUUGGACAUCCUUCUUUUUCAAUUCCCAGGACACUAAAUGAGCCACCAUCUGGCAAAACGGCGUCCCUUUCCAAUUGCACAAAUUCAAAGAUCUUGGCUUGGUCUGGGGAAGGAGACAUGGCAGAGCCGGAGGGUUUCCCCGUCAUCUCUUCUGUGUUUUCAUUAAGUCAACAGCCAGAAGACGUCCAAGGCUCCAUGCAACCGCUGGUAAUGGCUCUACGUGGUAUAGUGAUGGAUAAAAGUAAAAGUUCUGGCAGUGCAACUCAAAAUCACAUGAAGACAGCGAGCUGCACAGAGCAGGUGACGGAAGCGGCAACAUCGGGGUACUGCGCUCAGAUGCCAACAAUAGAUGGCUCCAUCAUCCGGAACCUUUUAUUGACAGAGCGGACCUGUGAGUCUGUAAAAGUGGAGGAGCAGGAUAAGAGCAUUCAGCACCAUCCCACACUGAUCCACGACCACUUCCUUGUCAAGGAGGAAAAUAAUUGCACCACGGCAACGGAUAUAAGGAAAUGCAGUCACACUCCUGAUUCAACAUCUCCAACAGGUGAAGAAUCCAAAAUUGACGCUCACGUAAACGUACAUCCGGCCGCAGAGCCUCCACAGCAAACGGUAAAAAGUGACCACGACAUUUCCUCAAAGUUCCUGACUGUGUCUCUGAAAAGGGUACAAGUAGGCGUGUGGAAAAAAAACAAGAAGGGACUGAAACUUCGAAUAUCCAAAUAUAAGACUCAGGUACCCGUGGGCUGUCUGACUGAUUGUACAGUUAUUUAUCCAAUGCCGCUGAAGGUGGACCAACUGGUGAAACGUCCGGGUCCCAACCAGCCUGUGGUGGUGCUCAAUCAUCCGAAGCCCCGGGCCUCCAUCCAGGGAGAGCGAGCAGCCUUUUUGGCCGACAUAGGAGCCCUUGAGGUGGCUCCAAAGUGCAAAAUCUUAAAAAUGAGGCUGAGCAAAGUGAUGGGGGAGAAGUAUGAGGUGAUGGGGUGCACUGUCGGAGUCUUUCCCUGAAUUUAUCAGACAGUAUAUCAGUGGACAGGAGUGGACAUUUAUAGCGAAAUAACUUGUAUUACAAAGGAGAAUAUGUUGACCUCAAAAAAAAAAAAAGACAAACUAUAAGGUCAGUAAUUUUCUCUUUGGGAGCAGAAGAUUUAAAAAGAAUCUGAUUGUCAC